GAAAAAAUGGGUAGAUCCCUUAUAUUGUGAAGGCAUUUUGCUGGCAUGAUUUGGGUUCACAUGUCCCCUUAGAGCAAGGGCAAGGGUGGCAAACUCAUUCUGUGUGGGAUACAUCAGCAUUUUUGUGAGCCCUUGACGGGCCAUAAGCUAGUAAUUUCUUUAACAAGUUGUUCUAUCGAAUAGCCAUAGACCUUGAAAAGUAUGUUUCUAUGAAAAAAGGAGGGCUAGCACAAACACUUCAACUGUAUGCAGUAUUAGUUGAAUUAGUUGAUAACAUUUAUAACACUGAUUUUUAAUUAUAGUUAAAAAAAAAAAAGUUAUUUUCUUUUCAAUUUAUGGUUUCAGUUUUCCAGACUAGCAAUAUGUGAGUACCUGAACUGGCACUUUAAAUCGGGGGGAAAAAAAUUAACACCCCUUUGAUCAGUUAAUUUCUCAGUUAAAUUAAUUACUCGGUUGAUAUAUGCUUUCCAUUGUAUGUUGAAGAGUUCUAUUUCUCCCUUGCUAACUGCUAGAGUUGACAUAUACUGUCUGGAUGUGUGCAUGUGCAGAGAUGAGAUAUGAGAUAUUUCACCAAGGUCACAUAGUGACGUAUGACACAGUAUUUGCAAUAAAUACUGCUAUCAUACACCAAUCAUUCUCUUUGUCCUUUAUUCCUGCACUCAUGUCUGAAUAUUCAAACACAAUACUGAGCUGUCCACAAUUCACAAUAUUGAGCUGUAGCAAUUUUUGUCUAUUGUCAGAGUCUCACAGUGAGUGUUUUUUCCUUUCUAAUAUUACAAGCAUUAUUUGAAACACUACAAGGCAGCAUAGCAUCCAAUAGCAUUCAGUUGAGUUCAGUUCAGUUCACAUAGCACUCAGUGUUUCUGUAUUUUGGAUAUUCAAUUCUAGCAGGCUCCAGCGAAUUUAACUAUUUCUCUGCCAUGUUGCCAACCUUGCCCACACUACAUGGCUAUUAUUUACCGUAUACUUUCAGUGAGUUGCUUCUCACUCUGUUUUUAAGCAUGCUGGUAUAAUUCACCUUGAAUUGUUACAGAUAAACUGCACAAGUCCCAGUCAAGUGAGCAGGACAGUACCUCUCAUUUUUCCUGCCAGAGCUAUUCUCCCAGUGGUACACAUUUUGGUUGGUUAUGCUAAUUUCCUGGUUAAUGCAGCUAGUGGCUAACAUGCUGUUAAGCAUCACAGAAUCACAGACUUGGUGCUCCCUCUACAUACCUUGCACUGUUUAUUGCUCAGUCUGCUAAUCUUAGGUGGAAUUCUCACUGAUGAACAGCCUUUUCUUUUGGAGUGGGUAUUCCCUCUACACAAACGUCUGCUUUUCUUCACUUGGGCUGGAUUGCACCAACAGUCCACAUUGUACUGAGUAGGCAACCACCCCUAACUUGUAACUGCAGUAAUGACAAAAUCAUUUUGCAGGGAGCAGUCAGCAUGAUUGUGGGCUGCUCUGAUUUUCAUUUCAGUUUAGAUUUUCAGACUAACUAUGCUUGUGCUGAUGCAGACAAUGACUGAAUCUCUUGGAAAACAAUAAUGGGCUAUGUGCCCAAUGCCAUCUUAAGGACACUGGCUCUAACUCAUGCUAACACAUGUGCUUGCUGGCAUAAUUUAAUCCUGGCUCAGAGCUGAAUCUGACUUGGGCUCAUCUGUCUAAAAAGCCAGUUGUUUGUAAAAAAAAAUUUCCAGACAAAGUGACAACCAAUAAACAAGAAGCCAAGAAAGCAGACUGAGUCACCACACCGAACUCUAUAUUGGUGGGCCCCUAGUUCAUCCAUGCCCAGGCUCCAUGGAAUGUCUUCUGGCUAAUAUUAUGGAUUUUGUAUAGAUUGACCUUGGACAUAUGCCUGCUGUUGAUGUUUUUGUUGCAUUACUGGUGGUUUUACUGGAUGAAGCACUACACCCAGAUGUGUGCAGUACUGCGUGCAGCCGCAAUGAUGACUCAAUAGUGAAAACUUAUGAUAUUGCAUCACGUAUGGCAUGAACUGGCAUCUGGGCCAGGAUAUGUGAAUACUCUAUACAAACUUUAAAUUUAAUGUCAGGUCUGGUUGGCACAAUCCAUUCUGCCAGAUAUGUGCUGUUUGGCCCUGCAGAACCUACCUGCCUGCUGGUGUUUUAUCAGAAGUCACAUUGGGAGCUGUUUUCCACCAGAGAGAGAUAAUCACCACUGAUGCUUCCCUCACAGGCUAGGGGCUGUCUGGUGCCACAGGGGUACUGGGGGAAGGUGGCCCCCUGGUUUAAGAUGCAUCAACUAACCGGAGUUGAGAGCCAUCCAUCUGGCCCUGAAGUCCUUCUUGCAAAUUCUGAGACUUCACCAUAUUCUUGUUCUCUGAGACAACAUUGUGUUGGUUAAAAUACAUCUAGGGGAGUUUUCUCUACAAUUUUGUGGUAGCAAUUUUGUGAAAGAAGUUUGUCCAGGCACAUCUUUGCCUAUGCCAGUUUAACAGACUGGCAGGUGCAGUUCUCCCUGGCAGAGCUAGACAGCCCUCUGGGAUAGGAUGCUCUGGCCCACGACUAGCCUCACCACCUGAUAUAUGACAUUCUUUUUUAUUGCUGAUUCUUCCCACUUGGCAGGAUUCAGCAACUAGGCCAAAAAGCUUUACCUCUGGCCUUGAGAUGGGCAGCAAGACCUUUUUUGCACUGCUGCUUUCACUGGUUGUUGUUUUGAUUCCGACAAGGUGUAGACACUGAAUGUAUGCACAGUCUUGAAAGCAUAUCCAUCACACCACUGCAUAGCCCUGGCAUUUGAAUUGCUUUCAGUGUGGUCAGAUCCACCUGAGGAGAUUUUGCACAAGGCAAAAUUGUGAGUAAUAACUCCCCUUUGUGGAGAAUCUUAAGCCUAUUAAAUGUGAGUGAGUGAUUUGUGUCGGUGGGUGAGUGGAUUACAAACCAGGGAGUCUGAGAUACUUCACAUUUAAAGAAGUCCAUUAUUAGAAAUGGCUUUACUUUAAUAAGUGCUGCUGAUUAUCCACUGAUUGGGACAAUCAUAUUAAAGUCAGUCUGGAUUGCCAAGAAUUCCUUGGCUUUCAAUUCAAUGUCUACAAGCUUGUUAACAAAAGAGUCCAUUCUGGCUCUAGAUGGCUGAAUUGGUACACUAGCUAUAUGGUGACAUCUUCUGGACUGGUAUGUCAUUACAAGAUAUUAGCAUGAAGUAAAUUACUUGUUUGCUGUCUACCAUGUCAUAUUAAAGCCUCAUCUUGUCCUUGAACUAUAAUUAUAUGCUACUUGUAAAUAUUUGGUCCUUAAGUUUAAUAAAAAUAUGGCCUUUCUAAAGACAGAAAAUGAUUUAAUUUGAUGUUUUAGCAAGACUAUAAAGAGUAAAUGUGUUUUUAAAAGUUUUUAGGUGACACGUCCUGCGAACCCUGAAGAUUCAGUGCCAGCCUCAGUCCAGGAGAUUAAACUUAAAGCAACAGAAGGUCAACAGACUGGAACUGAGGAGAAUGCUGAGAAGAACAGCAGCAAACAUAUUUCAAAUAUUCAUCUAAUAAAUAAAUUAUUAUGUUUUUAUUUAUCUUUAAAAAAAAAACAACUGAAGAAAACUGCAAUGCAGGUAUUCACUUAAUUAUUUCGUUAUUCAUGGCAUUAUUUAAUUAGAUCUAGAUACAUCUUUAACACUGCUUAUUGUUUUCACAAGUUGCUCAGUCUUGAUCAGGCUUGGAUGUUACUGUGAACAUUGUAAACAUUGUAAUGAAGUAAAAUAAGGUUUUAAUAGUUUGACUACUAUGGCUACAUGGUAAAAACGAAAUCAUUUUGUUGCUGAUAAGAUGAGUUAUUCAAAAACAAGAGCUUGUCAAACAGAAAAGGCUUGUGUAAACCUCCACAAUUUUAUAACACUAAAACUCUGACUAAAGGAGAAAAAUAUUACACAAAAAGUUAAAUGAGUGGCUUGACAUUAACAUAGCUUCUCUUACUUACUUUGCAGAUAAUACUGAAUAGAGGGUUGAGUUUAAAUGUAGUCUCAAGCCUGUAAUUAUUAACUGACUUAAUUGCAGGUGGGGCACAGUGCACAUAACACCUUGCAGUGUCUGUGAAAAGUGUGCACUGGAAAUCCAUUUGCUAAUACACAUAUAGACAUGGACAGCACAUCUAAGAAACUUCAGCUAAAGUCAGAGGUGGGACUGAUGGGAGGAGUGUCCCUAAUCGCAGGGGUCAUGAUCGGCUCAGGGAUCUUCAUGUCCCCGCAGACUGUGCUGCUGAACAUCGGGAGUCCUGGGGCUAGCUUGGUGAUCUGGGCCUCCUGUGGCCUGUUGUCAAUGCUGGCAUCACUGAGCUAUGCUGAGCUAGGAACAGUUAUCCGUGAAUCUGGAGGUGAAUACAUCUACAUAAUACGUACUUCUGGCAACCUGAUGGCUUUUAUUUUUGCCUUCACCUCUGUGCUGGUUGUGAGGCCAACCAGUAUGACUGGACUGGCUCUCAGCUUUGCCCAGAAUGCUGUCGCACCCUUCUAUGAAGACUGUGAACCUCCAGCUGUGGUAGUGAAGUCUGUAGCUGCUUGUGGCCUCUUAAUCUUGGUGAUAAUGAACAGCCUGAAUGUGCGCUUUUCCAUAGCUGUCACCACAAUCCUCAUGGCAGUUAAAUUCCUUGCACUGCUGGUUAUUUCCAUCGGUGGUGUGGUGUUGCUUAUUCAAGGAAACACCAGUAAUCUUCAGAAUGCAUUUGAAGGGACCAGCCAAAGCAUUGGUGUGAUUGGAAUGGCUUUCUAUCAGUGUCUGUGGUCCUAUGAUGGCUGGAACAACCUGAACUCUGUGACUGAAGAGCUUAAGCGUCCUGAGUUUGUGAUGUCCAACGUUGGAAGCCCUGGAGCGAGUUUGGUCAUCUGGGCUGUGUGUGGCCUGGUGACUCUAUGUGCUGCGCUCACUUAUGUAGAGCUCGGCACCAUGUUCAGAGAAUCCGGAGGUGAAUUCAUCUACGUCCUGAGAAUCUAUGGACCCUUACCUGCAUUCUUUGUGGCAUUCACUUUUACAAUCGUGUUGAAGCCAGCAGGUAUUGCAGCCAUGGCCCUGAGUUUAGCUCAGUAUGCUGUGGCUCCAUUUUAUCCAGGCUGCAUGCCACCUAUAAUGGUGGUGAAAAGUAUAGCAGUGGUGUGCAUUUUGGUGGUGGCCACCAUCAAUAUGCUAAAUGUUCGCUUCACCAUGGCCAUUCAAGUUAUCUUUCUGGUGGCCAAAGUGAUGGCUCUGAUAGUAAUUGUGAUUGGCGGAAUGAUGGUCGUGGUCCAGAGUGGCCUGGAAAGCCUUGGCAAUUUGGACAUUGCCUUUCAGGGCAUAAAGUUGGGGCUCAGUCCCAUAGGAAUGGCUGUGUAUCAGGGACUCUGGUCUUUCGCAGGAUGGUCUAAUCUAAACUUUGUGACUGAGGAGUUGAAACAUCCAGAGGUAAAUCUCCCCCGGGCAUUAAUGAUUGCCAUCCCGAUGGUAACAAUCCUCUACUUGCUGGUCAAUAUUAGUUAUCUGGCUGCCAUGACUCCAAGAGAGAUGAUGGUAUCCAGUGCUGUGGCAGUUACUUGGGGCAAUAAGGUCCUGGGCAGCUGGGGCUGGGUGAUGUCUAUCGCAGCAGCACUGUCAUCCUUUGGCUCUCUGAAUGGAUCGUUCUUCAGUGGAGGACGAGUUUGUUUUGUAGCUGCCCGAGAAGGUCAUAUGCCUAACAUCCUGGCCAUGGCCCAUGUGCGACGCCUCACUCCCUCUCCAGCUCUUAUCUUCACCACCAUCAUCUCCCUCAUUGUGCUCAUUCCAGGAGAUUUCCAGGGCAUAGUCAACUUCUUCAGCUUUACAGCCUGGUUCUUCUAUGGAGUUACAAUAUCGGGGUUACUCUAUCUAAAAAUAAAAUGUCCUGAGCUUCCUCGUGCAUACACGGUACCCAUUUUUAUCCCUAUCCUGGUGCUGCUGGCGGCUGUGUUCCUGGUUCUAGCACCCAUCGUUGACAAUCCUCAGCUUGAGUACUUAUAUGUGACCCUCUUCAUCUUAAGUGGAGCUUUGAUUUAUAUUCCAUUCAUUCACUUCAAACUGUGUCCAAACCUGCUGGACAAACUCACAGUGGUCCUGCAGCUCUUCCUGGAGGUGGCACCAGCUGAAAAAAAUGUAUAAAACACCAUGUCAGACUGUGAGGCAGAGCUUUUUGGCCUCUUGCUGGUCAAUAUUUGGCUCUUAAUUUUCUUAAAGCAAUGUUUCACCAAAUUCGCCAAUUACAGCCUAAACUGUUUAUGUUUCUUAGGAGUUAUAAUUUUUGUCUAAGUUUUCAAAAGCAUUGCAGCACAAAGAUUACUAUUAAAUGGUAGAACAAGCAUCAUACUGGAUACUCCUUGUACAUACUGUAUUAAGAUAAUCUUAACUUUAUUAUACUUUUGAGGAAAUGGGCUUAUAUUUGCUAUCUUAGUGGUUGGGUUGUUGUCAUUUUUUCCCCCAAACAAAUAAACAUGUGGAAACUCUA